AUGCAAGCUAAUCACGAAAGAUGGACACAGAUCGGGCAGGUCAAAGAGAAGAUCUCGAGCGAGAAAGGAUGGGAGGCUAGCCAGCAAAAGCUUAUCUAUUCGGGCAAGAUUUUGCAAGACGCAAACACCGUCGAAUCUUACAACAUCGAAGAAAAAGGUUUCAUUGUCUGCAUGAUAUCAAAGCCCAAAGCAACGCCUGCGGCCUCUUCGUCCACUUCGAAAGCUCCCUCAACACCUGCACCUGCGACAGCACAGACCCCAGCUGCCCCGGCUGCUCCAGCUCCCGCAACAUCGAAUUCGACAUCAAAUGCUCCGUCUACACCAUCACCAGCCCCAGCCGCUGCUGCGUCGGUAGAAGGCGCAAGCUUUAACGAUCCGUCAGCUCUCACGCUUGGUGCACAACGUGAUGAAGCUAUUGCGAAUAUGGAGAGCAUGGGCUUUCCAAGAGCUGAGAUCGAUCGUGCAAUGAGAGCGGCUUUCUUCAAUCCAGACCGUGCAGUUGAAUAUCUCCUGAAUGGCAUCCCCGAAAAUGUUCAACGAGAGCAAGCACAAGCAGGUGGUGGUGCUGCGGGAGGAGCACGUGCAGCUGGCACACCCACCGCGGCUUCUCCACCCGUGGCCACUGGCAAUACGCCAACUGCCGCCACCAGCGAUGAAGGCGACCAACCGAUCAAUUUGUUUGAAGCAGCCGCGCAGGCCGGCCGAACUGGCGGAGGAGCUGGAGGCGCCCGUGGAGGACGUACUGGAGGAGCAGGUGGUGCUAAUCUUGCAGGCCUAGGUGCUGGUAUUGGUGCAGCAGCUGGAGCAGAAGGUGGCGCUGGCGGUCUCGGCAAUCUCGAUUUCCUACGCAAUAACCCCCAAUUCCAGCAGCUCCGUCAGAUUGUGCAGAGCCAGCCACGUAUGCUGGAGCCCAUCUUACAACAGGUCGGUGCCGGAAAUCCUCAGCUUGCGCAGCUCAUUGGCGAGAACCCAGAUCAGUUUCUGCAGCUGUUGAGCGAGGACACUGGGGACGAUACGCCGCUGCCACCUGGAGCUCAGGAGAUCAGUGUCACGGAAGAGGAGAGGGAUGCGAUUGAGAGGUUAUGUCGCCUGGGCUUCGAGCGCGAUCAGGUCAUUCAGGCUUACUUCGCAUGUGACAAGAAUGAGGAAAUGGCGGCGAACUUCCUGUUUGAUCAGCCGCCGGAUGACGCCGAAGGGGGUGCUUGA